CUUCUCCUCUCCCCCUCCUCUCUCUCUCUCUCUCUCUCUCUCUCUCUCCUCUCUCUCUCUCUCUCUCUAUGCUUUUCUUCUUUAUGGGCUCUGUGUGUGUUUAUACUUUAGUUCUCCAGUUCUGUCUAGCAUUUCUCGGGCGGCCCACUUGAAUACGAGUAUUUGUGAGUGAGACAGACAUUGGCAUAGUUAUCCCGAUGUCGGUCGAAUAGAUUAGAGAGUCAUUCCUCGAUCCGCCAUGGCUCUUGCAGUUUUCUGUAGUACCAUACCAUCCAAUCCCUAAUACACUGUUCUACUAAUGUCUUGGCAGAGUGAGCAAUUAAUGGACCAUAAUUAGUUCGGCUACCGAUAGAUUAAGCUGACCCUGCAGAUAUAAGGGCGAGGCGGCGGCAGGCAUUGGUGAUUGGGUAGACUACCAUCGGAGAAAACAGAAGAGUGGAGGCAGGGCUGCUCAGCAACGAGGAUGAGGGCUGCAGUGGUCGGUGCAGGCGUCAGCGGGCUGGUGUCGGCCUUCGUGCUGGCGGAGGCUGGGGUGGAAGUAGUGCUGUACGAGAAAGAGGACUAUCUCGGGGGCCACGCGAACACUGUGAGCUUCGACGGUGUUGACUUGGACCUCGGCUUCAUGGUCUUCAAUCGUGUAAGCUAUCCUAACAUGAUGGAGUUCUUUGAGAGCCUUGGAAUCGAAAUGGAGACUUCUGACAUGUCAUUCUCGGUUAGCCUGGAUAAAGGCCGAGACUGUGAAUGGGGAAGCAGAAACGGCCUCUCGAGUUUGUUUGCUCAGAAGAAGAACGUACUUAACCUUUACUUUUGGCAGAUGAUACGUGAAAUAAUCAAGUUUAAGGAGGACGUCCUAAGUUACCUCGAAGUGCUUGAGAACAACCUUGACAUCAACCGGAAUGAGACUUUGGGGCAGUUCAUUAAGUCCCGUGGUUACUCUGAGCUUUUUCAGAAAGCCUAUCUGAUUCCGAUAUGUGGCUCAAUUUGGUCUUGUCCUUCUGAAGGAGUCAUGAGCUUUUCUGCUUUCUCCGUUCUGUCGUUUUGCCGCAAUCAUCAUCUACUUCAGAUAUUUGGCCGCCCUCAGUGGCUCACUGUUAGUAGACGUUCGCAAACUUACGUCAGGAAGGUGAGAGAAGUGCUGGAGAGCAGGGGUUGUCAAAUUAAAAGGGGCAGUGAUGUGCAGUCUGUUUUAACCUCCAACAACCGAUGCACCGUGAUAUGCUCCGACGGUUCACAAGAAACAUAUGAUGGAUGCAUCAUUGCUGCCCAUGCGCCGGAUGCACUCCGAAUGUUGGGGAAUGAAGCAACUUUCGAUGAAAGGAGAAUCAUCGGUGCUUUCCAAUAUGCCUACAGCGAUAUUUAUCUUCAUCGUGACGAAAGUUUCAUGCCCAAAAACCCAGCUGCAUGGAGUGCGUGGAAUUUUCUCGGGAGUACAGAAAGUAAAGUAUGCCUAACAUACUGGCUCAAUGUGCUUCAGAAUCUUGGAGAAACAAAACUGCCAUUUCUAGUGACUCUCAAUCCUUCCGAGAAACCUGAACGUACCCUACUGAAGUGGUCCACUGGGCACCCGGUUCCAUCUGUUGCCGCAUCCAAGGCUUCUCUCGAGCUAAAUACUAUUCAAGGAAGACGAGGAAUUUGGUUUUGUGGAGCAUACCAAGGCUAUGGUUUCCACGAGGAUGGCCUCAAGGCAGGAAUGGUUGCAGCCCAUGGAAUGAUUGGCCAGCGUUGCUCCAUCCUACAGAACCCGAAACACAUGGUACCUUCUCUUAUGGAGACAGGAGCCCGCCUUUUUGUUACUAGUUUCCUCAGACGUUAUAUUUCCACUGGCUCUGUAAUUUUGUUGGAGGAAGGAGGCACAGUAUUUACUUUUGAAGGAUCCCUUAGAAAAUGCCCUUUAAGAGUCACUUUAAGGAUCAACAGUCCACAGUUUUACUGGAAGGUGAUGACUCAGGCUGAUUUAGGCCUUGCAGAUGCUUAUAUUAAUGGUGACUUCUCAUUCGUAAAUAAGGAUGACGGUCUUCUAAAUCUUUUCCAGAGUCUUAUAGUUAAUAGAGAUUCUGAUUCUUCUGUUUCAAAGUCAUCCUCGAAAAGGGGAUGGUGGACUCCGAUGUUAUUCACAGCUGGUAUAGCAUCAGCAAAGUACUUCUUCAAGCAUGUUUCCCGGCAGAAUACCCUCACACAAGCUCGAAGGAAUAUCUCUCGCCAUUAUGACCUGAGCAAUGAACUAUUUUCUUUGUUCUUGGACGAGACAAUGACGUACUCUUGCGGAAUAUUCAAGAUGGCCGAUGAAGACUUAAAAUCAGCACAGAUGAGAAAAAUCUCUCUACUGAUCAAGAAGGCAAGAAUCGAGAAGCAUCAUGAGGUUCUCGAGAUAGGGUGUGGUUGGGGAAGCUUAGCAAUGGAAGUGGUCAGACGAACUGGGUGCAAGUACACUGGCAUCACCUUGUCUGAAGAGCAGCUGAAAUAUGCCGAAAUGAAAGUCAAAGAAGCUGGUCUUCAGGACCGUAUCAGAUUUCUUCUCACUGAUUAUCGUCAAAUGCCUCCUGGCUACAAAUACAAUCGGAUCAUCUCCUGUGAGAUGCUCGAAGCAGUAGGCCAUGAAUACAUGGAAGAUUUCUUCGGCUGUAUUGAAUCGGUUCUAGCUGAAGAUGGACUCUUUGUUUUACAGUUUAUAUCAAUUCCGGAUGAACGUUAUGAUGAGUACUGGCGAAGUUCCGAUUUCAUAAAGGAAUACAUAUUCCCUGGAGGCUGCUUGCCUUCGUUGAGCAGAGUAACGUCAGCCAUGGCCUCUGCUUCAAGACUCUGCGUUGAGCAUCUGGAAAAUAUAGGGAUUCAUUACUACCAAACACUCCGAUGCUGGCGAAAAAAUUUCAUGGGAAAACAGAGGGAAAUUCAGGAGCUCGGAUUCAACGAGAAAUUCAUCCGGACAUGGGAGUAUUAUUUCGACUACUGUGCUGCGGGGUUCAAGACCCAUACUCUUGGAAAUUACCAGAUUGUGUUUUCUCGCCCUGGAAACGAUUCUGCGUUCAGCAAUCCUUACGAGACCUUUCCUUCAGCAAUAUGAUCGACCCGUCCGCUGUUCGGGAUGGAAAGAUGAUUAGAUGAGCUUAAAAGACUAUGUCAAAUUCAUUGUAAUCUUUUUUGUUGCCCUGUUGAUUAUUUUGUUCAGUUCCAUUUUCUUUUGGAGUGACAUAGAUUGUGAGCUACAGUUUUUUAUUAUUUUUUCCAUUCUAUAAAGAUCAUCGUGUGCAUCUUUUCCGCAGAUUGUAGUUUCGACCCCUUGAGUCUCUCCCGUUCUCCGGCAACUUGUUGAAGCUCUCCUCCUCUCAAAUACAAAGAUUUCAUUUGUGUCAGUAAGAAUGGCUAGCUAGUCGUCCACAAUUGAAUCCAAUUUUUUCUAUUAUCUCCAUGUCUGUAAUAGUGCAAAAGGGAGGCUCGUUUCUAAGUUCAGGAAUGGUGGAAUAGUGGCGUUGAGUUACUCAACCUUUGUCUUAGGAUUCCUUGAUCAUCCAACUCAAGUCAUACUAUACCAUCCCCCUCUCGCAGAAGUCUACUGGUGGAUUUAGAUUGAUCCUAACUGCAUCGUCAUCAGCCUAUGUCUAUGAAAUCGAACGCGGACUGUCAUGAGGAAAGGUAUGACAAGCAAAUAUUUGCAUAAA